GCUGUUGCUGCCGCUGCUGCCGCUGCUGGCGCUGGGCGGCCCGGGCGCGCGGGCGCUGGUGUGCCUGCCGUGCGACGAGUCCAAGUGCGAGGAGCCGCGGAGCUGCGCCGGCAGCAUCGUGCUGGGCAUCUGCGGCUGCUGCUUCAUGUGCGCCCGGCAGCGCAACGAGACGUGCGGCGGCGUCUACGGGCUUCACGGCGCCUGCGACCGCGGGCUGCGCUGUGUCAUUCGCCCGCCGCUCAACGGCGACUCCAUCACCGAGUACGAAGUGGGCGUCUGCGAAGAUGAAAAUUGGGAUGAUGACCAGCUACUUGGAUUUGAACCUUGCAAUGAAAACCUUAUAACAGGUUGUAAUAUAAUCAAUGGGAAAUGUGAAUGUGACACCAUUCGGACCUGUAAUAAUCCAUUUGAGUUUCCAAGCCGGGAUACUUGCCUGUCGGCUUUAAAAAGGAUUGAAGAAGAGAAACCUGACUGCUCCAAGGCCCGCUGUGAGGUCCAGUUCUCUCCUCGCUGUCCAGAAGAUUCCAUCUUGAUUGAAGGUUAUGCUCCUCCUGGUGAAUGCUGUCCACUCCCAAGCCGUUGUGUGUGCAACCCUGCAGGUUGUUUGAGGAAAGUUUGCCAACCAGGCUACCUGAAUAUAUUGGUUUCUAAAGCAUCAGGGAAGCCAGGAGAGUGCUGUGACCUCUAUGAAUGUAAACCAGUUUUCAGCGUGGAUUGCAGCACAGUGGAAUGCCCUCCUGUUCUGGAAGUCAUUUGCCCCCUGGAUAGCUAUGAAACCCAAGUCAGGCUGACUGCUGAUGGUUGCUGUACUCUGCCUACAAGAUGCGAGUGUCUCUCUGGUUUAUGUGGUUUCCCCAUGUGCGAGGCAGGCUCCAUUCCCCAAAUAGUCUCACGUGGAGAUGGAACACCUGGCAAGUGCUGUGAUGUCUUUGAAUGUGUCAAUGAAGUCAAGCCAACUUGCAUAUUUAAUGGCGUGGAAUACUACGAUGGAGACAUGUUUCGAAUGGAUGCUUGUCGUUUUUGUCGAUGUCAGGGUGGCGUAUCCAUUUGUUUCUCAGCACAGUGUGGUGAGCUGCACUGUGACAGAUAUUAUGUGCCAGAAGGAGAAUGCUGUCCAGUCUGUGAAGAUCCAGUUUAUCCAGUUAGUAACCCUGCUGGCUGCUAUGCCAAUGGACAGAUUCAAGCACAUGGAGAUCGCUGGAGAGAAGAUGAUUGUACAUUCUGCCAGUGCAUCAAUGGGGACCCUCACUGUGUGGCAACAGCUUGUGGUCAGAGCUGCCUGAAUCCUGUUAAAGUGCCUGGGGAAUGCUGCCCAGUAUGUGAAGAACCAACGUACAUCACAAUAGGCCCACCGACAUGUGAGAUGUUGGUGAACUGCACAUUGACUGAAAAAGAUUGUAUCUACAGUUUCAAACUGGAUCAAAAUGGUUGCCGCAUUUGUCAGUGCAAAACUAGAGAGGAGCUGUGUACUGGCCUCAUAUCAGGUUGUUCCUUGGAUUGUUCCUUCGGUUUCCAGACUGAUGCCUACAACUGUGAGAUCUGUCAGUGCCGCCCACGGCCUAAGAAAUGCAAACCAAUAAUAUGUGACAAGUACUGUCCAUUUGGAUACUUGAAGAACAAGCAUGGCUGUGAAAUCUGUCGCUGUAAGAAAUGCCCAGAACUACCUUGUGGUAAGAUCUGUCCAAUGGGCUUCCAGCAGAACAAUCAUGGUUGUCUUAUCUGCAAGUGCAGAGAGGCACCAGCUUCUCUUAUGCCACCAGUAAAAACAGGCUCAUGCCUGUCAAUGGAUGGGCGCCGUCAUGAAAAUGAGGAGAGCUGGCAUGAUGGUUGCAGAGAAUGUUACUGUCACAAUGGACGGGAGAUGUGUGCCUUGAUAACCUGCCCUGUUCCUAACUGUGACAACCCCACCAUACAUCCAGGACAAUGUUGUCCAUCAUGUCCAGAUGAGGUAGUUGUACAGAAACCAGAACUCACCAGUCCAUCCAUCUGCCAUGCUCCAGGAGGAGAAUAUUUUGUGGAGGGAGAAACAUGGAAUAUUGAUUCCUGUACCCAAUGUACUUGCCAUAGUGGACGUGUCCUAUGUGAGACUGAAGUCUGUCCACCUCUUCUUUGUCAAAAUCCCACCCGUACACAGGACUCCUGUUGUCCUCAGUGUCCAGAUGAACCUCUUCAGCCUUCUUCAUCAAACAAUGAGAGCAUGCCUAGUUACUGCAAAAAUGAUGAAGGAGAUAUUUUCCUGACUGCUGAAUCCUGGAAACCCAAUGUCUGCACUAGUUGUAUUUGCAUGGAUGGAGUGAUUAGCUGCUACUCUGAAUCUUGCCCACCAGUGUCAUGUGAAAGACCUGUUCUAAGAAAAGGACAGUGCUGUCCUUACUGUAUCGAAGAUACAGUACCAAAGAAGGUGGUGUGCCACUUCAAUGGAAAAACAUAUGCUGAUGAAGAACGUUGGGACAUUGACAGCUGCACACAUUGCUACUGUUUGCAGGGUCAGACCCUUUGCUCCACUGUCAGUUGCCCACCUCUCCCAUGUGUAGAGCCCAUCAAUGUUGAAGGAAGCUGUUGUCCCAUGUGUCCAGAGAUGUAUGUACCUGAGCCCACGAACAUCCCUAUUGAGAAAACAAAUCACCGAGGAGAUAACGAACUCGAAGCACCAAUUUGGCCUACACCCAGUGAAAAUGACAUUGUCCAUCUCCACAGAGACAUGAGUCAUCUUCAGAGUGAUUAUAGAGAAGGUAAAGGACCACAACCAAAUGAAGAUACAUCUCUCAGCUCUGUUGCUUGGGUGACAGUUCCUAUCAUGACUGCCCUGAUUCUUAUAAUAGCCCUUCUGCUUGUCAAUCAGAAAAAGCAGUGGAUACCUGUGUCUUGCUACAAAGCCCCAACAAAGCCUUCUUGCCUAAAUAAUCAGCUGGUAUACGUGGACUGCAAGAAAGGUACAAUGGUCCAGGUGGACAGUUCUCAAAGGAUGCUAAGAAUUGCUGACCCGGAUUCAAGAUACAGUGGAUUCUACAGCAUGCAAAAACAGAACAACCUACAGGCAGAUAAUUUCUAUCAAACAGUUUGAAGAAUUUCAUCCUUGCCAAGGAUUUAAGAGAGAGAAAUUGAGAGAGAGCGCGCACGCGAGAGAGAGAGAGACUGAGUCUGCUAUUAAAAUAAAACUAGAAUUGUGCACUUGCUUAGUGGAUUGUAUUGGAUUUGUGACUUCAUGUACAGCUCUAAGACCUUACUGGGAUGGGCUCUGACUCCUGCAAUGUGCCAGAACAAGCAUUCCCACUUUUCCUUGAAAUAACUGACCAAGUGUUUUCUUAGAACCAAAGUUUUAAAACUUGUGAAGAUGUAUUUGCUUGUAACAUAGCUCUAGAGAUUGUUUGGGAGGGGGAAAUUUGGGGUGGGGCUGGGUGGUGACAUGAGAGGAAGUUUUUUUGAAGAAGAAAAGCUGGUCAAGCUUGGCUUGAAGAGAAAACACACAAAGGGCAUUGCCAAGCAUCAGGAGGGUGGCUUUUCCUGUUGCUCUAAAACUGCAUUUGUUGCAGCAAAGCCUAAACCCAUGUGAAAAAACAACCAACAAAAAGGUCUGAUUUUUUUUUCAGCUGUUGCUACAAUAAUAUACUCCUAGAACAGAACCUGUCACAUCACAGGUAUGGUGUAGCUGCAAAUAUUUUUCUAUAUGACAAGAAGCUGCAGUAGUUAACAAUAUAGCAAGAAAGAGGUUAUAGCAGAAUAUAAAGGGUGGGUUUAUUAAGGAUGUAUAAAAUUAUACCUUGUG